GUAAUAUUAGAAUAACUCCGGGGGCAGAAAAGGAAAUGCAAGGAGAAAACCUCACCGUUUGGAGCUUUUUUCUCCUGGAGGGUUUUUCUAGGUACCCAGCGUUAGAGAUCGUUCUCUUCGUCUUCAGCCUCGUGAUGUAUCUGAUCACGCUCUUGGGUAACAGCACUCUGAUCUUGAUCACUGUCCUAGAUUCACGCCUCCAAACCCCCAUGUACUUGUUCCUUGGAAAUCUCUCUGUCCUGGAUAUUUGUUACACAUCUGCUUCUGUUCCCACUUUGCUGGUGAACUUGCUGUCAUCCCAGAAAACCAUCAUCUUUUCUGGGUGUGCCGUACAGAUGUACCUGUCCCUGGCCAUGGGCUCCACGGAGUGUGUGCUCCUGGCUGUGACGGCGUAUGACCGUUACGUGGCCAUUUGCGACCCCCUGAGAUACCCCGUCAUCAUGAGCAGGCAGGUCUGUGUGCAGAUGGCCGCUGUCUCCUGGGUGACGGGCUGUCUGACCGCCCUGCUGGAGACCAGUUUCACCCUGCAGGUGCCCCUCUGUGGGAAUCUCAUCGAUCACUUCACGUGUGAAAUUCUGGCCGUGCUGAAGUUAGCUUGCACACGUUCACUGCUCGUGGACACGAUCAUGCUGGUGGUCACUGUGCUCCUCCUGCCCGGCCCCAUGCUCUUCAUUUGCAUCUCUUAUGUCUUCAUCCUUUCCACCAUUCUGAGAAUCAGCUCAGCGGAGGGAAGACACAAAGCCUUUUCUACGUGUGGUGCCCACCUGACUGUGGUGAUCUUGUUUUACGGGGCCGCCCUCUCCAUGUACCUGAAGCCGUCGUCCUCCUCGAGCUCACAGGAAGUAGAUAAGAUCAUCUCACUGCUCUAUGGAGUGCUGACCCCUAUGUUGAACCCCAUCAUCUACAGUUUGAGAAACAAAGAAGUCAAAGAGGCCGUGAAAAAAGUACUGGGCCGCAUGCUAUGGUAUCGAGCACACGGACGUCUCUGACUCAGGUGCGCUCCUGGCAGAAGUCAGCGCAGAAAUCCUACGCGGCGCGCUCACGCUUAGAACGCUGAUGUCACCCCCAGCCCCGGCAGUGUCACAGCUGUGGGAUAUGUGUGCGCCAAAGUGAUUGCCCGUGGGCAGCAGUAGGUCCAGUUGGCCUUUGGUCGUAGUUUCUGUCCGCUGUGUUUCCCGGUUGCCGAAGUGUUGGUCUGUAGCCUCCUCACGCGCGGGCCCUGCGGCAACGCUUGGAUGCAUUCAUCAGUGAAUGUUGGCGCCCCGAGAAAUUGGUGUGUGCUCCCUGCCUCAGAUCCUUUCUAGAAUGAGGUGGGCGCACAAAGAUGCAAAGAAACAAAUAACCGAGAUGGGCCUUGAUUAUGCAAAUGGGAAAAUUAGAGGAAAAUGAAAAGCCUCUCUUGGCAUCGCACGGUGAUGGGACUAGAAAUGCAACCCUUCUCCUCUUGUCUCUGCCGAGAGUUCUGCCACUGCCGCCGCGCCUCCCUCAGGACCCUUCCUCACUCAGAACUGCUGACGAAGGCUCCUGACUUUGUGACUGAAGCCUCCAGUACCCGUGUGAUUUGCUUACCUGCCACCCUUGCUUUUCUAAGCGCAUAGAUCCUUGUGUAAACUGUUAUCUGUUUCUUUGUCUGUGCCGCCCCCCCCCCGCCCCCAAAGGCUUUCUGUGUGUCAGCCUUUUCUCUUUACCGGGCGGCUGACCUCACAAGGGCAGGGAAACGUCUUACGGUGUCCCUUUCAUGCUUACAGCAGACAUUGGUCAACUAAUAAACUUACCAGGUUUAAACGAACCCCCUUGAGAAGUCAGUACCACCCGUGAAGGUGAUGCCGGGAACCCCAUAGGGCAGUGAGGUUUCUUGCUUUAUAAAUAUUCAACGAUGGCAGAGACCGUGUUUAUGGUAGUUGUUUUAAAACUUUUAUUUGUAUAAAAAUUUUGCUGGUGAUAAAACGCCGACUCCAGGUCUCUCCUUGCAGAUAUUCUGAUGCAGUAGCUCUGGGGUGGGGUCCUGACAGUCUGCAUUUCAAAACAGAUCCCUGAGAAAUUCUGGUACAGAUUUUGAGAUGACUGUACUCUGGGAGACAUGGUUUCUGGCAAAAAUCUAGCAUUCCAAAAUAAAAGUAGGAUUCGUUCUCAUUUCUCCCCUUUUGCCUUUUAAUUUUGUUUUUCCUUCUAUUGUUUGUGCCUGUGUGUGUGCCUUCUCAUUUGUCUACUUCCACGCCCAGGGUAGGGAAGAGGAGAGGGUUUUGAAUGGAGGAAGUUUAACCCACUUGACAAAUUUCAACAUUUUAAAGACCUGAAAUGUUUUAGUAUUGGAUGUUGUGUUCUGGAUGAUUUCACUUGUAGACCAUUCCCUUAGCUCUAGGGCUUCCAUUACAUGUUUGGGGAUGUAUAACCCACAUAAAAAGACACUUGAAGUUAUCACCCAGCAAAGUUCUGGUGAUGCCGGGGUGCCUGAGUGGCUCAGUCAGUGAAGCUUCGGACUCUUGAUUUUGGCUCAGGUCACGCUCUCAGGCUGGUAGUAUGGAGCCUGGCAUCGGGUUCUGUGCUGGGCAUGGAGACUGCUUAAGAUUCUUUCUCUCCCUCUCUCUCUGCCCCUCUCUCUAAAAAAGAAUUCCUGGUGAUGCAGCAAGGGGACAAAUUUGAAGCCAGAUAUUGCUGCCAACAGAUGUUUGAUCAUGGAGGAUGAAAGCAAGCCCCGAGUAGAUGGCUUUGGGGCAGGAGAGGAGAGCUGACCACAAAGCUUUCAUCCCAGAAGUAAUUCUUUUUUCUGCUUAGAUAUCUCAACCUUCACAACCAGAUACCACAUUCAUUUCCUGGUAAUUUCAGAGUCAUGGUGAAGUGGUAUUCUGUAGGAGGCUUUUAUUACAGGAGACCUGGCUUUUAUGUUAGAGUAGAACUAAUUAUCUGCCUCCCGGAAUCCGCUGUAAUAUCUGUGCUACCAAAUAUAUCAGGAAUGGCCGGAGUUAUAGACAUAUCUGAAAUCUUGACUUCGAGGGGUGAAUUAUGAGAACUUAAAGACACAGCAACUGAGCAACCUCUGAGCAAAGUCAUCAACUUUAACACAAGGAACUGAGCAAAUUGGCAUGGAAAUAAGAGUUUCAGAAUGGGAUAUGGAUCAAAAUGGGACACAAAUGGAUUAGAAAUGACGCGGAUGUCAGAAAAGGACUCACGUUGGGACCUGGGCAGAUCUCUCUGUAGUAGUUGUUAACGAUGAGAUUAGGAGUUACAGUAGUUACAGCCACAAGGUUCCUAAAGUUGCUAUGAAAAACGAGUGAAUAGAGAUGUAAAUGUGUCUUAUGUAUUAUAGGCAAUACUAAAGUUAAUUAUUGGUAAGCCGUGCAUUCCUUCAUCUGGAUUAGAUUCCAUCUUGACCAGUACUAAUUGCAGUCAUAACUUUUAGAGUCUGGGGUAAAGGGAUCCUUUUCAGGUAUUGUUAAAAAGAGGAAUAUAUUUGACAGAGAAGGUAAAAUGACAUCUGACAGCCAAUUCCUGAAUGAUUACGUAACCAGGUCUAUGCUGUAGAAAAAUCUGAUCAUGUUACUUCCCUGCUUCAAUCCCUUAGUGGCUUUAUUACUCUUAAAACUUGAAGUCCUUAAGAUGACAUUCAAGGACUUUCUUAAUCUGAUUACCCACCAUUUACAUUCUUUGCUCUAGGAACACACAACUCCUUUUAGUUUUGUGGAAGUAUUGUGCUCUGUCUUGCUGCUUCUUUUAUUAGGAACACUUAUUAUAAUUUGUAACUUGGUAAUAAUUCGUGGGUUUGUGUGUUUCACACCAGUUGUACCAGUGUGCAGGUUCACGGAGGCAAAGACUCCAUCAACUUCAUUAACCAUCGUAUACCUAGGGAUUAGCACGAGGUCUGGCAGUAAACAUCUGUUGGACAAAAAUAUGCAUGUAAUAAACUUCUGAUGGCAACUCAAUGAGGUGCUUGAUCAUUCCUGAAGAUGUCAAAGAUGACUUCUAGGUGUCCAAGAAGGCUGAUGGUGGGGUUGAACAUUAAAUCAUGAGUUGUGUUUUAGACAUGUUGAAUUUGUCAUGAUUUUGAGAUCUAUAAGUAGAAAUAUCAAGGAUCAGUUGGAUAUGCAGAUUUGAAAUAAUGAGAAAGAUCAGCCUGGAGAUAGAAACUUGUAACGUAUCUGCACACAUGUAAUGAAGUGAUCAACAUGGUUAACGUGAACUUAGGGAGAGAGUAUAGAGUGAGAAAAUUGCCCAAGAUGAAACUAGAGAAACGCUAAUAUAUGAAGCCCAUCAAAUAGGAAAAGCCAACAAAGAGGCAUUGAUAAGGAACACAUUCUAAGUAGGAAGAGGACAAAAACCAGGACACAGAUUCCAGUUUUGACCAAGAUGAAGUAAGCACAUGCCAUCCUGUUUUAUUUUUAUAUAUAUAAUGGAUUAUUACUCAGCCAUAAAAAAGAAUGAAAUCUUGCCACUUGCAAUGACAUGGAUGGAGCUAGAGAGUACUAUGCUAAGCGAAAUAAGUCAGAGA